ACCCAUCAGAGUGAGUCAGUGUUAUUCUGCAUCUCUGGCCGUAGCCAGGAAUAGGGCGCUUUGUUUGUUGAGUUCGGCAGUGAUUCGUGGAGUAUUCUGUGAUCCGAGGAAUGCAAGACUAACUGUGUACACUCUGCGAGAUGGCGGAACAGACCUAGCAGGGGUGUUAGGUAGAGACAGUUCCACUGUAAUUUUCAGGAACUGUAUUUGUUUAUUACUGGCCCUUUAAGACGGCAUGAAAGUACACACCCCUUGGUUAUUUAAACUCCAAUCUCCAAUACCUCAGUGCACAAUUAAUGUGUUAAUUUGACUGAUUGCAUCAACUUGCUUGCUAAUCAUCUGGAUCACUCCUAGAGAGACCGUGUGUUCCAUCAUCGGAUCCCUUCUGAAUCUCCUCUUCAUACGCCUAUAUCUUUGAUUACCUGGUUAACUAAUUCGGACUGGCCUUGACUCUGCUUUUGGAAUUUACUUCAAAACUUCUUAAUCUUCUAUUGAACGACCUCGGGCUGGAUAAAGGACAUUGCUUAUGGACUAACCCUGUACACAUCACCAGCUGAGCACCAUGAGAGUGGUAGACCACAUACCAGCUGGCCGAGCACUAUGAGAGUGGUAGACCCCAUAACAGCUGGCCGAACACCGAACAUGAGUGGUAGACAUUCCAGCAGGGGUGCCAGAGGUCAGUCAUGGCAGGUAGGUACAGGACCCGGGGAGCUACAGGUGACAACAGCUGACGUGCCACCUGUGUACCAUGCUCGGCCCCGGCUCGGUGGGUACUUACUGCUGGUGUGUGGGGAGUCUCAGCCGCUGGUUACAGGAGCAACCGGGGUGCUGGGGGUACAUGGUGAGUUGGGAGGCACCCGAGCCACCGGUCCAGACGGCGUGCUGAGAGACACCCAUCAGGCAAACUCACUGUUUAGCGACAGACCUCGUGGAACAGACAGGCGCCUGGCUGCAGCAGCAGGACCUCCGUGAAGCGAUGGUACAGGUAAACCACGUAGGAGGUGAAGUUCAGCGGUCGACAAAUGUGAAGAGAAAACAGACAGCAAGCCAGGAGACCAUGCCACGAGGAUACAGAGAAUGAAAGAAGGCCGAUUCUUUAAAUCGAUUUAAAGGAGCUCCCAACCUAUGAAGUGUGAGAACACAUCACAUCUAGAAUACUCUGUAUCCAGAAGAUUAGUCCCGGUGCUUGCAAUCAUCAUGCUUCCCAGUGAUAUUUGUACAUCUUUACCAAGAUUAAAAGGUGCAAGUAUACUUCUGAUAACUCUCAUGAUUAGUCUUUCUGUGGCACAUGAGAUAAUUGUCACUCAGGACUCUAUUCAUGCCACUGCUGGGCAAUCCAUCCUUCUCCAAACCGUCUAUAAAAUCUCACAAACCUUCUACAACUGGCCAUCUCUUCAGUGGACAUUUGGAAACAAGGUUAUUGUGUAUUACUCUUUGCAAAAUGGCUCAAUAGACCCUCAAGGAACGCCCUUAUGGACUACCGGAAAUACCCGAAUAUUCCCAUUGUAUAAUCACCGUGUAACAUUUUAUCCUGACAAUGGUUCAUUAUUACUGACGAAUCUCCACCUGCAGGACAGUGGCUGUUAUAAACUAUAUCUACUAAGUUUUGAAUCCAUAAUUAAUAAGACCAUCUGUGUGCACGUAGAUGAUCCGUCUUUAUCGUCUGGUCGUUCUGUAGCAAAUGAUAUUAUUGUCACUCAGGACUCCAUUAUUGCCACUGUUGGGGAUUCCACCCUUCUCCAAACCUCUUACAAAAUCUCACAAAACAUGUACAACUGGCCAUCUCUUCAGUGGACGUUUGGAAACAGCGUAAUUGUGUAUUAUUCUUUGCAAAAUGGUUCAAUAGACCCUGAAGGAACGCCCUUAUGGACUACCGGAAAUACCCGAAUAUUCCCAUUGUAUAAUCACCGUGUAACGUUUUAUCCUGACAAUGGUUCGUUAUUACUGAUGAAUCUCCACCUGCAGGACAGUGGCUGUUAUAAACUAUAUCUACUAAGUUUUGAAUCAAUAAUUAAUAAGACCAUCUGUCUGCAUGUAGAUGAUCCGUCUUUAUUGUCUGAUAACAAGUCUACUUAUUACAAUGACUGUAAAGUAAUUUCCGCAAUAUUCUGCUUCUUUUGCGGUGCGAUAAUCUUUUGGGUGUUCCUGUUCCGGCAUUGCAGAAGUAAAGCUUGUCCUUCGCUGAAUGAUAAAAUCUAUAAGAAGUGUUUUCACAUUUUACGUCUUGACCUCCCUAAGAAUGACCUGGAAGCUGGUACUGAAGUUGGAUUCAUUGGACAAAAGACCGUCGGCUAUGACAAAGCUGCAGCAACAAAGCCAGCCUUGACCGUUUUAUCUCUUUUACAGUUAAAGGAACACUCCAAUCCCCAUAAGCAGUACAGUUUGCUCUAGUGGCGAUGGUGCCAGAAAUACCCUUGCACCACAGCUUAAUGGAGAUGUUCUCGUGCGUGUAGUUUGCCACUGCAGGCAUUUUCUUGUAAACCCUGCCUUUUCAGAGAAAAGGCAGCAGUGUUUACAUUACUGCCUUGGGACACCUGUGGCAGUCACUCAGAGCUCCUAAAGGUGCUUCCUGGGUCAGUGCUGCACAACUGACAUUCAGCAUCUCCACGCUCUGAAUUGAGACACUGAACUUUCCUCAUAGAGGUGCAUUGAUUCAUUGCAUCUCUGAAGAGAUGCUGAUUGGCCAGUGUGGUGUUUAGCUCCACCCCAGCCCAGUCAAUAAUCAGCAUUGACGAUCUGAGCCAAUCCAAUGCUUUCCCAUAUGAAAGCAUUAUGCAGGUGAAUCUGGUUUUCUCUAUAGAGCUAAGCAGAGUCAUGCAGGACGAAGCUCAGUGCCCGAAAAUAGCCCUACAUAGGCUGAACUUUAUUCUAUAGAGAAAAUCUGAUGUGGUGAGCACACCUAGUGGGGCCAGGGCACUUCUGGUAUCCUACACUGCAGUAGAUAUGGUGAUCGGAGUGUUCAGAUGAAAAAGUCAGAUGAUAAAUAACAUACAAGUUAUCACAUAUAGCUAACUGGUGGUAUUAAUUCAAAUCGUGAAUAUCCCUUUUGUUAAUUCUGUCUGGUUUUGGAGUGAUGGGCUAAGUAAAUGAGGAUGAGCAGUGAAUGUGAUAUUCUCUACCCUCAUCCAUGCACAGUAAGAUCCAGAGAAAAUCCUAUCUGACUGCUAGCGAGGAAGCUUGUAGCUAGGUUUAAGGAGUCGUGUUUUAAAGCACUAAAACAUUUAAAGAUAGCAUACAGCUUAAUGUUUGCAUAAAGGAUUAAGCAAAAAAUCACGAUAAUGAAUUUAAUUAGAACAACCACCUCACCAGGUGCGAAUUAAUGAGUGAUAUGUGAUUCUGUCGGUCAGUCUUUCUCUCUCUUUUUCUUUCUUUCUUUCUUUAUCUCUGUCUAUUUUUAUCCAAAAAAAAAUCAUUUUUCCUUUUCAAACCAAAGAAUGGGUUAUGAUCCAAAUGAUUUGCAUGUCAAGCUGGGAAUUCUGAGAUAGUUGUGGAAACUAAUCUAGAGAACAUGAUUUCUCUGCCCAAGGCUGAUUUCCCAUCUUGCAGGGGGUGCACUUCACCAAAUUUUAUAUUUGCAGUAAAUUGUGGGGGGCUCUAUUUAGUCUCACCACAAAUUUCCAGGAACCGUGUCCAGACCAGGAACCAUGCCAUGAUGGUGAGACAUAAAGCUGUACAUUAUAUGGUUAAUUUCUGGUCACUGGUCCUUCUGGAUCAUAGUCCAUGAUUUGGUUUUAAAAAUUGUGUUUAGAGCAGUGUACCAUUGCUAAGGAUGCAAGGUGUAGUCUGAAACACAAUGCCUGUCUGUGCUUAUCUGGGCGUUGAGCUGUGGAUUCUGGGAAAGUUGUGGCAACUUAUUUAAUUGGAAUUUGUAUGCAGAAGGUGGACUUCACAAAUUCCAAAUUGAGGUAUGCAGGUAAUGCACAACAGUAACUGUUACAUGUACGUAUGUAUGUUUAUAUAAGCUUUUUCACACUUCGAAGAACCUGUACACAAAUCAUAUAUUUUAAUAAACCAAAAUGGCUAAAUGUGAGAAAUAAUGAACUAAUACAACGGUAUGUUGAUACAGAUUAAUGUAUGUUCGAUCAUAUAAAAUAGAAAGAAAAAAGAAGAAAAUCAAAUAGUGUAAUUCUGUGAGAGAUUAACUAAACAGUGAAAUUGGUAUCAAUUUGCAAUUCCUAUAUAUAGAGUCCAAAAACCUCACUCUAGGAUAUAGGGCUGUUGGUGUCUUAUUGAGAGGUUCCACCACACCUUCUGGAUGGGUAACUUUUCUGGACAGUAUCCUCAA